ACGGUGGCGGCGCCGGAUUGGCUGUUCCCGGAGCCCUGCGGCGGACUCGGGAGAGGCGCGACCAGUCACAGCAAAGCGAUACCAUCUGGAAGCACUCUACGCCGGGUCAUUGUACACUUGGACUUGGAUUGUUUUUAUGCGCAGGUCGAAAUGAUCUACAGUCCUGAAUUAAGAGGCAAACCUUUAGCGGUGCGGCAGAAAACCCUGGUCGUCACCUGCAAUUAUGAAGCCAGAGGACUUGGUGUCAAGAAAGCCACGACUGUCAAAGAAGCGAAAGAAACAUGUCCGCAACUCGUCCUGGUUAAUGGAGAAGAUCUUACAAAAUACAGGGAAAUGUCUUACAAGGUUACAGCACUGUUGGAAGAAUUUACGCCGCUGGUGGAAAGGCUUGGAUUAGAUGAAAACUUUGUGGAUGUCACUGAAAUGGUAGAGAAGAGGUUGGAAGAGCGGAAGAAGGAUGGUUUUUCUCAGAUCUCUGUCUCCGGUCAUGUCUAUGGGAAUCAGACUGUCAAUCUACACGAUUUGACGCAUAUAAGGCUGGCAGCUGGAUCUCAGAUAGCAGCGGAGAUGAGAGAAUCCGUGCAUUGCAGACUGGGCCUCACGGGUUGUGCCGGCAUAGCUUCUAAUAAACUCCUGUCCAAAUUAGUGUCUGGGGCCUUCAGACCAAAUCAGCAGACCGUCCUGUUACCUGAGAGUUGGCAUGGUUUGAUUGCCAGCCUUGAACACAUAAGGAAACUGCCUGGUGUUGGGUAUAAAACCGCACAACGCCUUGCAGCCCUGGGACUUACCACAGUUUGUGAUCUCCAGAUGUGUUCGGCUGCAGUGCUAGAGAGAGAGCUGGGUGUUUCGGCUGCACGACAUCUGCAGAAAGUGAGUCGAGGAGAGGAUGAUGCUCCGGUUACCCCAUCAGGGCCUCCUCAGUCUCUAAGUGAUGAAGAUUCCUUUAGAAAAUGCUCUUCGGAAGCAGAGGUUAAGAAGAAAGUUGGAGAGCUGAUUGGCAGCCUUUUGGACAGAUUGUACAAGGAUGGCAGAAAGCCGCAUACUAUAAAAUUAACGCUCCGCCAGGUUUCUCGAGGGCUUAGCCGGAAGGGCCGCCAGUGUCCAAUUCCAUCUCAUGUGGUCCAGAGGAUUGGAACAGGUGACUCCAGCAUCCAGACUCAGCUGGUCGCCAUAGUUAUGAAACUGUUUCAUAAGAUGAUCAAUGUGAAAGUUCCUUUCCACCUAACCCUUCUAAGCGUCUGCUUCUCCAACCUGAAAGCCCCUCCUGCUUCCACCAAGCAGUCGAUUGGAUUUUAUUUAACUCGGCCGGCUCCUUCACACAGCAACAAACUUGUUCAAAAAACGGAAGAUGUGGAUGCAGAGCAUACGCCUCCAGAAGGUCGAGUGGGGGCCUGCGAAGUCUCACCAGGAGAAAAUGGAAGCACGACAGAGAUGCUACCAAAGACCCCAGAAUUCUUUGAAUUCCCCCUUCGCUUGCUUCCUGCUGGCAUUGACUAUGAUGUGUUCAAUCAGCUCCCGAGGGAAAUUAAAGAAGAAAUCCUAUCUAGCCAAAAGGGGGAAAGAAAUACUGCGGCAAGUGUUUGGAGUCAGUCGUCGUUUGCUUCAAGGGAAGAGCAGUCAGACCAGGCACCAGACCCAACGAGCCAAACUCCUCGGCAUUCUGGGAGUUCUCAAAACAUUUGCUCUUUGGUGCCAUCUGAUAUCGUAUCUCCCAGUGGGCCGUCAUCGCCUUCUGUUCUCAGGCCUGCUCCGAGGUGCCUUGGUCCACAGCACAGAUCUCUGGAGGCUACUGCAAGUACGCCAGCAAGUGAGCUUACGUGUGCGACUUUUAAAAGCUUACCUCUGGCUCAGCCUCAGUUUCGCCAAGCGUGCGUUCCGGAGCUGCUGGAACAAACCGAUGAAGGAAGUUCCCAUGACGGAGAUCAGAAAGGAGGGUCCAAAUGUGUCCUCCCUUCCAGCGUUGAUGCCAAAAUGUUUUCUGAGCUGCCUGCCGCAAUACAGAAGGAACUGCUGAUGGAAUGGGAGAGCCGGGAACCGAUUUCCAAACUGCGUGUCGCAGUGACUCCCAGCAAGCUCCGAACGAAAAAAACAGGAGGCCGGCCUUCCCCCCGACAGUCAAACAGCUUAUUAAGAUAUUUUAAACCAGCAUGAUUAUGGUGGGCGGUGGGCACAGUGGCUGCUGGUGGAAAGCUUGGAUAGGAUUGUCGCGAAACAAGAGGCGGGAAGCUAAUCCAUGCAUUUGUACAGUUGAGUUAUUCCAGAACUAUAAUAUGAUGCUUGUUGCUUGCUGGAUUUCAUAAGGUCCGACAGCCCGAAAGAAAAGACAUUGACCAAUUUCGCACUCACCUUACGCCGCUCUCACGUUCGUCUUCUCAGCGUGGCUUUCUUCCGAUUUCCCACUAUCUGCCCCGGGGUUGCAGCAAGGAUCGGCGCUAAAAACCAGUUUCUGUUUGCUGUGCAAAAAUGCCGAUCCUUGCUGCAGCCCCAGGGCAGAUAGUGGGAAAUCAGAAGAAAGCCACACUGAGAAGACGAACGUGAGAGCGACAUAAGGUGAGUGCGAAAUUGGUCAUUUUCUUUGAUUAAGGGGAGAGGAUCCUAAAUAACAUCGGCAGGCUGUACAGGGAGGUCUUGGGGUCCCUAUUUCCUUAGACUAGCACAUUUAUCUCAGUCGUGUUGGGAUGUGCCAGUUGUAACUUCCAUGGGGUGUUAUGCUAAAUCUGUAAGGAGUAAAACAAUAAGGUGCAUAUUUAGAAAAACAUGGACACUGGUGGGACGUAUACAACGUACUCCAGAUGAGGAUGGUGGCAAAACACUCCUGCACUCAGAAAGCUUGCGCGUAACUGUGAGGUUAGGCUAGAUCUUUGCAACGUACUAUUUUAUCUAUAUGGAAGGAUUUCCCUCCCCCGUCUUACAUCUCUACAUGGUUCGUUCCCCCAAAUGCUUAUUUAUUAAAAUGGGGAGGGGAAAAUGACAGGUAAGAAAUCACCUCAGCAAAUGUUUCUCUUCAGCCAUGGAUCCUCUGGCACUGGGUUUUUGAUCUGUGGAAUUAAAAGUGUGAAAUCUCAGGGAGGGAAAGAUGAGUAGGUGGCUGUGAGGAUCUUGAAGACAAGAUAAAUGGAUGGAGGAUAAGAAGCUCUGUGGUCCUGAUAACAGAGUGAAAGUUCAAGGAAAGAAGCCUUUGAGUCCUCUCCUUAAAACGUGAGUGCUGCAAAUAAAGAAUACUGUAUGCAUUGCAAAAA